CUACCCUGCCGGUCAUCUGGUGUCCUGCGUCUCGCGUGUCAAGUUCCAGUUGAGACGCCGCAAGUGAAGCCGGGAGUGGAACGGCGCUCUCCGGUGCGCACCGGCGGGCAGAUGGGGUCGGGUGCCACGGCCGCGUGACCAUCCCACCAGCAGCAACAGCAGCAGCAACAUCGCUCAUGGAGACCGUUAUCCAAGACCACACGCCGCUUGCCGACUAUCUCAAGGGUCAGCCCGCGCUCUCUUCCUUCUUGCUCACCGCGAGCAGGCUUCGGCAAAUGGCACCUCGGACACUAACAACUCUCGUGACGACAGACGAAGGCGAAGGACACCAGGCCUGGCCUACGCCGCCGGUCUCGGAUAAUCAAGAUGAGUCGCCGCCGGACAGCCCAUCGUUCGCCCCGGUUGGGCGCCCGAUGGUCAAGAAGCGGUUCCGAGCGAAGCUGCCGGAUCCGCUGCCGCUGAACAUCCCGCGGAUGGACGGACUGAAGUCGUUGCGCAACUCUUAUUCGAAAGCCGUGGUGUCGAGGAUAGACCGCGCCGACAAUCUCAAGUUUAUCGAGCAGUUUCGGUACACGAUCGUCGCGUCGCAGUUGUUAAGCGGGCACUCGAUAGCAGGGCCACAGAGCUACUACAACCGCCCGAAGGACUCACCAGAGACUCUUCAGAAUGUCGUGGCUCCAACGCCGACCGGACUGCUUGCGACAGCGGCCGCCGCGCUCGUCGUUGCGUGGGUGGCCAGGUGGGUGUACGCCGGCGGUUAUGCCCACCUGACCAAAAAACGGGCGGCAAUUACGGCGCUGGUUCUGGUUGCGCUUGCUGCGGUGUCUCAGGCCUAUCUCCGCCAGCAGUGGCUUCGACAUCUGAGAAACCAGGCGUUGACUGAGGUCACCGCAUUUGUUUCGAAGUCGCAAGAUUUUGACAGCGCUUGCAGUGCCGCCUUGUCCCUGAUUCAGGAGGUUGAACUCGUCUCACGGGGCUACAGGCUAAGCGCACCUCUACCUCCCAUCACGCGGAUAGAAGACAAGUCCCAAACACGUCGAUGCAGCAGGCUGCGUAAGGCGCUGAGAGGGCAGCUGUCCGAUGUGAUCGAGAACCAUCUGCAGGUCUCGGCGGCAGUCAAGGGGUUCGCCGAACAGGUAAACCUGGAAAAGUACCACGACAUCUACGACAUCAGCGACUUCGACAUCUCGGACGCGAUGCGGGGCUUCUCGGAGAAGGAAUUCGACGACCCCGAGUCGCUACGAUCGCUCAAGAUCGCUGCCGCCCGCUUCCACAUCAUCCGCAAGAUCCUGCUGUGCUCGCUCCUUGCUUUCGAGGCGGCAGGCGAUAACACCGACUUUCUGCGCUGGUCCACGGCUGUGGAGGGCCUCAAAAUACUCAACGACAUCACGACUCAGAGCUUCGAAAAAGUCCGUCAAAUCCUCAGCGAGGAAGAGACUUUCCCUACGAUCCCGGAGACGAGAGUUCCCAUGUCUCCUAAUCGCGAGAAGCGGCGGUCCCAGUUUAUGAAGCUCAAUUCGCUCUCGAUGGGCAUCCGCGGCCUCCAGGCCAAGCUUGCGCUUCUACGGGAGGAGUCGGAGAGGACGCUCAACGAGGCAGAUGACGUAUCGGAGCUGGGGUCUGACCUGAUGGCCCAGUACGAGUCGAUUGGACAGGACCUCAAGCUGCUCAUGCAAGCAUGGGAGGAAGGCAAAGCUGCCCUGGCAUCGGGCAUCGAUCGGAACGAGAAGCGGCUGUCAUCCCUCAGUACCCUCCUCUCGCCGGCAUCCUCCUUAAGCGGGCCGACGACAGUUGAGGAGGGAGGGGCGCUGGAGGCGCUCAGAGCGCUGACUGGAGAGUCGCCCCGGAGCUCAACUUUCGGCAGCCCGAAGGGAGACCCUGACGAGGUCGAAGUGUUCGAGGCGGUGUCCCUGCCAUCCCGGCCCCGCAGCCUCCUGACGAGGGAAGAGCGCAUCGCCAAGAUGAAGGAAGAACGGGAGAGGAGAGAAGAGGCCAGGGAAAAGAACGAGGCGAGCCGCGGGAUGCUCCGAGAACUCGAGAUGGUCAUCAACCUACGGCCGAAGCGUGCCACCAUGCCAGCGCCAUCGCGCGUCUCAUUAUGAAUGCGACGACCAGUCACCACAUCGAAGACGACCCCUGUCCCUCCCCCGAACUUCGUUGCACCGCAUCAUAUGCAUUCAUUCUUAUCUGUUUUUCUAUUGAGAACUUGUAUAGAAGGCGGGUCGGCUUUCCCGACUCGAUCGAUUAUCAUCAUUCAGCAUCAUCAGCCUGGGGGGUUGGCUUACUCGGGAGUGGGCGGACCAGGGAAGGAGGCGUUUAUCGGCUGGCACUUGCUAUGGGCAUAGAGGCUUUUGCAAGUAUGCCAACCUGCGUUGGCUUUGUAAUUACACCAGACCUCGGACGCACACGUCGCCAAUUUCAUUAGUUACCUAUUUUGUAUACUCGUGAACAGGAGCCCAUGUAGUGGAGAUUCGAGUGUGUUGAGUUGGUUGGGGAACACCUGUCGGCACCGACCUGCCUGCCCGGGCACUUCAGGGGUUGUUGUCGCUUUCAAGCAGUGG